AACGAGAAAAUGAGACUUCUUUUCGUUGUAGGAGUUUGCCUGACGCUCGUUUUCGUUGUCGAAUGCUUAGAGGGGAAGGCGGAAUUCAUCGAAGAUGAAGAGGAAAUGGAUCAAAGACACUUAAUUAAAAGGGUAAGUAGCUUCACGAAAGGCCUGAGGCUGUAUGGGUUUAAAAAAAUAUGUAAAAAAGGGGUUACAUCCAAAGCCUUUAUGUCAAUGUUCUGUGAUCUAAGUUUUUUCCACGUUUCUUGUAUAAAACUUUUAAGUUUCUUGUUUCUUUUAUAAAGACUACCAAAGGUGCUCGGAAGAAUUAACUUGCAAACUUAAACUAACGAAUCGAAACGUUACUUCUUGGGUCUGAUGAGAAAACUUCAAGUUUUACGUUUCAAGGUAUUAACAGGUUGGCACUCUUUUUAAAUAAUUACAAGGCUAACAAAAAAAGACUGAAACCUAGUGGUGACUGAGGAUGCCCAAGAGAUCUCACGGGCUUUUAAUAAGAUGCUCUUCCGCAAUUAAUUGUGUUAAAACCUGAUUACCACAGUUCAAGUAUCCCUAUUAAUGACGGAGCUGUAAUAAACAGUAUUUAUCAGAUCAAGGAGAUAUUUGUUGUAAGCAUAACAAGACAGCUAUAAAGUGAAAGCGCAAAGCAAGACUAGACUGGAAAGAGAGAAAGACUAGUGCAUAAUAAGAGGAAUGCUUUCACCAAAAGAGUAAACUAACUAAGGUUAGCUAAGGUUUUUUAAAAGGUUUUUUACUUUUCGUCGGUAGCUCAGGAUGGUGAUCAUCUGACUAACAAACCUGCAACCGACGAUGCGGUCAUUUCACUCCCAUACUCCAUCAGUGCUCCCUUUUACGGGUGUUUAAAGCCUCUUAGCUGGGUGCAAACGGACGCCACAACUCCCAACAUUGUUGUGCCUAACAAUGUUGGGAGUUGUGGCGUCUGUUUGCACGUGGCUAAAAGUUUGAACGGUUUCUAACUUUGCGCAACAACUCCCAAAAUUCUGACGCAACCUCAUGCAACAGGGCGUGCAAACGGACGCCGCAUGUAACAUCCAACAAAUGUUGCGUUCGUUUGCACGGGGCUUUAAAGCUGCACGGAAAGGAAAGUCGAAAAAAGGAUUUGAUUUAGCGAAAUUAAAUCCAACUGCGGCUUUUACCUUUUAAAGAGGCACUGGCGAGACUUUGCUUCAGAAUGAGUAUCCUCUCGUCAUCUGUGGCUAUUUCAAGUAAUGAAACGGUUACUAAGAAUAUUUAUCUAGAAACAAUCCUAAAACAUUCCUGACGUUUUAUUUAAUGUCCUUCAGGGCCCGGUUGCUCAAACGUUGGAUAGCGCUAUUCAAUGGAUAAAUCACUAUCGAAAGGAUAAGUUUUAGGAAAGCCAAAUCCUUUAUCCACAGGAUAUAUAGAGAUUUAUUCAGUGGAUAGCGUUAUCCACCUUUCGAACAACUGGGCCCAACUGAUCUCUAAAGCUGUUCGAGUCAUGAUACAAAACGGAAUCACUACUCAGUUGCAGUCUACACCAAACUAUAUUCAGUAUCCGUUUAUUAAAUUGGAGAGCCAACGUAUCCUCUUUAUAUACGAAUCCACUAGUGGACGAAAACAGUAAACGCGUUACUUGUUUGUGUAUUUUUAAUAACAUCCCAUGCACGAUAAAUAAUCAUCAUUGUUCUUUAUCACAAAAUGGCCCUGAAUACGCGCCCAAACAUUUCCCUUUCAGUGCAAGUCGGACGCGGAUUGUGGAAGUGGACAUUGUUGCGCAGAUUAUUUUGGCUUCAUUGCCAAAUGCAAACGCAUACGGCGAACGGCGGGGGAAGGACAAACCUGCAGUUUUAAGUCUGUAAGUCAGUUAACAUUGUUUAAACAUGUCUCUGGAUGCUAAUUUGGUUCUUCUGAUGCAUGUAGGUACUCUGUCGAUUGAUUUUUCUAUGAGGCUGUAAAGAGUAAUAUAAUAAUAUCAGGUAUGAUAGUAGGAGUUAGUUACUUUGUCGCGGCUGUGGUCGCUGAAGAAAGUCCGAGAAUUAGCUGACCGUCAAUUAUUAUAAGGACACCAGUUAGUAAUAGAACUGAACUCUGUCUCAGAGAUCUUUGUCGCAAAGUACUUAUCUCGGAGACCGCGACGAUCGUUGAAGAAUUAUUCCCAUUUAACUACAACGAUCAUUGACAGAACUUUUUUCAGAAGACAAUGCAAUGUAUAGGAAACAAGGUUUUAGUCUACGUUUUACUUUAAAUUAUACUUCCUAAAGUAGUGGAUUUUUUUAUUUUUCUAACAGAGGUAUUGCAACUUCCUCCGAUGCGGAAAGGACCUUGAAUGCCGAAGAACUAGCAGCGUUUUGUUUGGUCGAUACAAAUGCUUCAAAGCCGCUCCCCCUCCUACUGAGGAGCCAGGCUCAGGAGAUUACGACUUGUAG